AUGCUACUCGCCUAUCUUACUUAUCGAUUAGGAAUAAUUCAUAGCAUACGUUUUCUUUGUCUUACUAUUCUGUUGAUAUUCGCGGAGAUCAAAAUUACUCUCGGCGGAACGUAUCUCAAUGAACUUCUCAGCUACAAUCAUCAAUCGAUACUCUUCUAUUGCAUAUUAAUCUGGAUAACACUAUCCUUCGAGAUCUAUUUUUUCCUCGAUCGUUUAUUUGCCUCGAUAUCAAUCAAAGCUAGAAUUACCGUUCAAGUUUUAUCUCUUCUUUUAUGUGUCUGUUAUCUGCUAGCAUGUUCAUUUACAUUGUACGGGUUUAUUAAAUCAUCCGAUGGUCAUGUUAUCACAGAAACGGAUUUCUUCUAUCCUCCGCUGACGAACAUUACUUUAUCGGCAAAUUGCAAUCCGUACCGUUUCAUCGGAAUUGUCUCCGGUUAUCUGAUCGGUUUUCUCUACCUUGCCGUGUUCGUUUUGAUACGCUGUUCGACAGGCUGA